CCUUUGGUUUGAAAAAGAAGAGUCCUUAAGUGUGAUGGCCUUGAGAAUAUCCCAGUGAUUCUACCCUUGUGAUCUCUCCAAGAGACCAUGGGACCAUUCAGCCCAGGCACGCAACUACUUCUCAAAUCCUUCCUGUGUUACUCUCCCAAUCCCAUAUACUAGGGUCCCCAUAUCAGAACAUACUCUUUCCUAUUGAGCAGACCAUUGUUAUGUAAUCUCCUCCCCAGCCCCACCUCUGAGAGUGUCAAGACUGCAGCCUGUCUCUGCUGUCACAAUGAUGCUGUCUGAAGAGCUGCAGUUUCAGGGACAGUCCUGCCUGGCCACCAGCUGAUUGCAGUUACUCAGGACUUGACAGGCUCACUCAGUCAUGGGCUCUGCCUGGGUCCAAGGCUACCUGAGAGGUCAUCUCUGGCUGCCCCUAUUCUGUGUCAUCUUCUCCCAGGCCUGCUGCUCUCAUGCUCCACCAGGAUGGCACUUCACUUCCUCUGAAGUUGUGGUUCCCAGGAAGGUGUCCCACCAGUGGAGUGGAGCCCAGGCCCAAGGCCGGCUGUCCUACAGGUUGGUGUUCAGGGGCCAAAGGCACGUGCUGCACAUGAAGAUCAAAAGGAACAUCAUGCCCAGACAUUUUCCUGUGCUCACCAACAAUGAUCAGGGUGCCAUGCAGGAGGACUACCCCUUUGUUCCUCGAGACUGCUACUACUACAGCUACCUGGAGGGGGUUCCUGGCUCCACGGGCACACUGGACACCUGCUACGGGGGUCUGCGUGGCAUGCUGCAGGUGGAUGACUUCACUUAUGAGAUCAAACCACUGGAGGCUUCUUCCAGAUUUGAACAUUUGAUUUCUCUGCUUGUGAUGGAGGAACCAUCGGGGAUUGAGGGCUGUGACAUUGGAGAGAGAAACCAUCAAUCCUAUGAAGAGGCCAUGCUUUCUGAAGCUCCUAGAGCAGGUCCCGUUUAUUUGUGGUGGCCACAUACUAAACAUUUAAAACUUCAUUACACAGUGGCUAAGUCAUUGGUAGACAACAACAGCAAUCUCACAAGCAUAGUAGAGAAUAUAGUUAUUCUAAACAGCAUAAUACAUACUGUUUACAUUAAGGCUUUUUUAAAUGUGAAUAUACGUAUUUUAUGCAUCUGGGAUAGAUAUGAUUCAUUUAAUUAUUAUAGAAAACAAAAUAUAUCUGAUGCUAUAAAUGAAUUUGGUAUCUGGAAAUUUUAUGCAGUGUUCCAUCUAUUUCCUCAUGAUGCAUCGUUUCUUUUAACAGGUGAUAGGAUCUAUCAACGUACCUAUUUUGCCUUCCAAGGUUCAUUAUGCAAUCCCAACUGGUCAGCAGCAUAUGUAUAUAUAGCAAGGAAACACAUAUUUUUAGGUGCACUUCUUAUAGCACAUGCAGUAUGUCACCUUUUUGGCUGUGCUCAUGAUUCUUCUAGUUGCCAUUGUUUUAGAAGAACUAGCUGUCUCAUGUCUCCAGAACCUGGUCUUCAUGACAUGGUGAGCAAUUGUACAUUUGAACGAAUGCAAAUUCGUUUCAAUGGUUGGGAUGCUUGUUUGUCUGUACGGAAUGUCCCAUAUUACAAUUUUCCUUAUGAAACACUUCGCUGUGGAGAUAAGAUCAUAAACCAAAAAGAAGAAUGUGACUGUGGCUCCUUAAAGGAGUGUGCCAGGGAUCCAUGUUGUGAGACCACUUGUGCCCUCAGUUUGGGGAGCAUUUGUGAUGAAGGAGGUUGCUGCAAAAGGUGUAAAUACGCCCCCCCUGGAGUGAUGUGUAGGGAUAAACUUGGUAUUUGUGACCUGCCAGAAUACUGUGAUGGGAAAAAAGCCACUUGCCCACAGGAUGUGUAUAUCCAGGAUGGAACCCCUUGUUCACCACUAGCCGUUUGCAUGCAUGGAAACUGUAGUGACCGAGAUAUGCAAUGCCAGUCUCUCUUUGGCUACAAGAUAAAAGAUGGUUCACCAGCCUGUUAUCAACAAUUGAAUAGGAGGGGAGACAGAUUUGGCAACUGUGGUGUCAGGGCAGUACGAGGUGGAGGCAAACCCUUACCCUGUGAAGAAGAUGAUGUUUUUUGUGGAAUGUUGCACUGUGCUGAUGUUAGAGAAGUUCCUGGUGCAGGUGAACACACUACCUUUCAUCAGAUAAAAGUCAAACAUAUUAAAGAAGAAAACUGCUUUGGAUUUGAUGCACACUUUGGGACUGAACUGCCAGUAAUGGGACUUGUGGUGGAUGGAGCAACAUGUGGGCCAGGAUGCUACUGUAAAAAUCAGAACUGCACUUUCUUUCAAGAUUUGAAUUUUGACUGUGAUGUCAAGACAUGCAACUUCAGGGGCGUGUGCAACAGCCUGAAGCACUGUCAUUGUCUGAAAGGCUGGAAACCGCCAUCUUGUGCAGAGAGGGGGAUUGGUGGCAGUAUAGACAGCGGCCCCCCACCUAGCAGAGAGUAUCAUAUCCAGGGUACUGUGGUUCCUGUCAUAAAUGCGGCUCUAGUUUUAAUUUGUAUGCGUUUCAUUUUUUUGAUUAUUGAAGUAUUUUUAGGAUGUUGUUUACGAGUAGAGGCAAUGUCGGCAGAGCUAGAAACAGGGCCACAGAUAAUAUAUAUAAAAUCAUCAGUGAAAAAGAGACCUACACAAAAACUGAGUAGUAAGAGUAAAUCAUCAGUGAAACCGAUGCCUUCACAAAAACCGAGUAGUAAGAGUUUACAAGUACAGUCAAAGUCAACUACAACGCUGAAAACAGUUCCAGAGAUAAUAUAUAUAAAAUCAUCACUGAAAGAGAGGCCUUCACCAAAACUCAGUAUUAAGAGUAAAUCAUCAGUGAAACAGACGCCUUCACAAAAACUGAGUAGUAAGAGUAAAUCAUGAACAGGAGAACAUCGCAUUGAUUCCUCUUGUGGAGAAGUGAUGAAAGAUCAUUGUGAUAAUUACAUAUUCCUCCAACUAUCUCCCUGAUGGCAUUUUGAAAUAA